CGCUCCUUAAGAAAAUACGUGUUUUUAUUCUACUGGGUUUAACAUUGGCAGCAGCAAAAUAACACUUUUUCAAUACGAUGAAGCUAAAAAAUUUCUUCAAAAGCAUCCCAACACAUAUGGACUAUGAAGGACAGAAACUAGCAGAGCGACUAUUCCAUAUCAUAAUCCUGUUCUUUGGUGUGGUAGGCUUUGCUUGGGGAUAUUACAUACAACAGUUCGGCGCAACUAUAAUCAUUCUAGCAGCUGGAUUUAUAGUCAGCUGUUUGCUGGUGUUGCCUCCAUGGCCUAUGUACAGAAGAAAUCCACUGGACUGGCAGAAACCACGCCCAGAGAAAGCCGACACAAAGAAAGAAGGAGGAAAAAAGAAACAAAAGUGAAUCCUAGAUUACAUUCUGGUAGAGCUAGCUUUGUAAUAAAUUAUUAAAAUGUACUACCAAGUGAUAAAUGUCUGUUUAUGUGACUUACUUACUUUAUACAAUGAUAUGGAUUUUGGUAAGUUGUAAGUUGAUCAAAAUUUCGUACAUUGUAGCCAAGAAUUAUAACUGAAUAUGGUAGGAGAAUUUAUCUGGCAACCCAAAGUUUCCCACAGUCCUGACUUUAAUCUCAUAUUCUGUGGUGUGCAUCAUUUUGGCCAUGAUAAUCAUUACUGAACACAACUCAUCUUUCUUCUCUGAUAAAGCAGUUGAAAUGGUAUUCAGAAAAAAAAAUUCACCAUUCUGUUUGUUGCAUUGCAGACAGCAUAUACAUAUACUCAAAAUACUCUUAUGAAGCCUAAAUGGGAAGAGAUGGGUUAUCAGGAUCUAAAUUGAAACAUGCUAAAGAAUUUGAGGAACUGUUAUUGUUCUUUGUAGCAUUAAACCUCUCUUCACACCAGCUGUUUUUCAGCUUUAUAUAUUUGUAGUCAAACAGUUGC